AGAAAACAGGGGCGGGGCCCGGGUAAGGAGUCAGGGGGCGUGGCUGAAGUAGAGGCCUUUGGGAAACUGGGUGGGCAAGGCUAGGCUAUGAGCCAUAGAAGGAGACGAAGUGGAUGGGCGAGACAGAACUGAAGGAACCAGGGGACCGGGCAGUGUCAGGAACCACUAGUGCUGGGACUGUAGACUCCAUCAAGGUGGCUAAAGGGGGUGGAGCCAGGGGAGGGCUGAGAAGAAGCCGAUUGGGUGUUGGUGGGGGCGGAGCUUGCAGAGACCAGAGGCCUCCUUGGAAGCAGGUGGGCGGGGCCAGUGCAGGAGGAGCUCCUUGAAGUGGGCCUGGGGCGGGGCCAGGGGACAAGCCGAGUAGUUAAGCGGCAGAAGGAAGAUGACUGUGUGGUAGGGAGCUGGAGUGGACCUGAGGAGAAGCUGAGUGAAGCGAUUGUGGGGUGGAACCAGGAUUGCCAACUGUUGGGAGGCGGGGCCAGAGUGGAAGCAGGAGGGAGGAACUUGGUGGGCGAGAGCUAGUUGGGUGGUGGUGGACUCUGCUGGGCCAUCUAGCAGAGCAGACCCCUCCGGCUGCUUUGACAUGGUUGUCAAGGAGCUUCUAAGAGGAGAUGACUUCCAGGCUGUGACUGUCUGCUCCACAUACUACCCACCGCCUGCACACCCUCUCCCCCUCCCAGAUGGUGCUUCAAGAGGCAGCUGUGGACCUGGUGAUGGAAGGGGUGUGUCAGGAGCUGCUGGACAGUGCCCAGGUCGAGAUCUGUGUGGCCGACAGGUGGGGCACCCAAGAGAACUAUGGCUGCAUCUACUGGCUCCAGGUCCACCUUCUGGAUGUGCGUGAAAAUGAAGUGGUCAAUUCUCCGCCUCACCCAACCCAGCCCUUCAGUGGACAAAGAGGCUGCCAACAGGUCUCCCACGUUUUCACCGACUUUGGCAAGGGCAUCCAAUACCCAUCUUCUUACUAUGGGAGAGACACACACUCCUGGGUGGGGCACUACAGUGCCCUUGUGACCCCCUCCAGGACCUGCCUGUCCUAGCCCACCAGCCUGAUCAGGCCUUCCAGGACCUACUACCACCUCCCAGGCAUCAUUGCCAAUCACUGGCAGCUUUGCAGCCGGGAGCCAGAGGUUGCUCAGGAAUGGCUGGGGGCCCAUGUGGCUUGUUCCCAGCCAGCUUCCAGCAAACCCCACUUGCUGCUUUAGCAUGGUACCCCACAUGCUGUUCACCAGGCUGUUCACAGCUUCCCGAGCCGGGGGUUCAAUUUUUAACCGAGAUUUUUACUUUGCCUGCAAACUGUUUCCUCACACGUGGGUGUCAGCUGGUAGACUUGGUAGACUGAGUCAGAAAACAAAGGCCAAAACUGUAUUGCUAAUGAGGGGAAACCACUACCACCCUGGGACAGGACCCUCAUUGGCAUGUUUGAGUUAAGCUGAUUGCUGGCAGGGAACAGAAGCCAGUCAGAAAAGCCUGACCUGGAGGGAACCCUUUGUUGUUUGGGGGUCUCAGAUUCAGUUCUGAGGCUCCUGCGACUUCCUCCAGCACCAGCCCAUCAGUGCCUCCCCUCUUUGCCAGACUGGCACUUUCUUGCAGAAUCGGAGGCCAGGGCUAUACAGUGCCAUCCACCCACACCUGCAGCCUCUGCCUCACGGGCAGCUUGUCUCCUGUAAGGCCACCGCCGCCGCCCCUCCCCCCCAGGUCCCAUUUACAUACAAAUUCCAAGGCCGCAUACAAGAGGCUACCAAUCAAUGUUUCUUUCUCACUCUCUUCCCCUCAAAAAAUAAAUAAAACCUUUAAAAAAGAUAUAAAAAGUUAGAUUUUAAGCACAUCUAAUCUUAAAAUCUAACAUGGCCAAGCAUAAGAUCGGGUAAGGGUAGGAUUACUUUCAGGACUGUUUUCUGAGGGGUCAAACAGGCCCAGAGGGGGUAACAAACAAACCCAAAGUCACAGAAUAACUAGGAGGCAGAGGCAGAAUUUGAACCCAGGACUCUGAGAAUAACAGAAUUCUCAAGAAGUUCCCAUGUAGGCAGCGGCAACCCCCAUUCAGUCCUUUCUUGAUGCCCCUUCAUUGCCACCAUUACAGUUACUGCCACUUUCAGGAGGAAGCAUGGGGGUGGGGCUCCCCUUGCCCAGGUCCCAGGGCCAGCAGGGAGAACUGGGUCUCAGUUCUGCUACCAGAUGCCAAAACUUAAAACUGAGUCCCCAUCAGCAUGUGCUGUGUACAGAGUGUCUACUAUCCACCAAACCCAUCAAAGGAGAUGCUGUGGGUAGAGGACAGAGCAGAGGCCCGGAGGACAUGUUAGCUGCCAAGACCACAGAGAGGGUGAACGCGGCAAGUGGUACACAUCACAACCACAGGGUCUGUGUAUUUAUUGCAAGCCCUUCCCAUGAGGUGGCAGUACAGUGUACUGGCCCAGCAGAUGCAGCCUCCUGACCAACACUCUAUAUGUGGACACCCAGGGUGUUGGCAGAGGGGCACCUUUUUCUAAUUCACACCCAGGACCUCCAUGGGCUAUUAUUGGUAGUCCUGAUGGAAAAGGGAAAUGAAAGAGGCAAAGCCAGGAUUUGAACCAGGACAGGCUGCUUCUAGAGCUGGCCUAGCUUCCCAAAGAUAUUGUAGGAACCCAGAGACAAA